AUGCCUGAGGGAAUAACGGCCGAGAGUCUGAUGAACAACAUCAUGGAAUCAAUAUCUGAUAGUGUUUCGAAGCACAAAUCAGUAUCAUUUUUUGAGGAGGAGAAAUCCAAUUCGGUGACUUCUCAGUUUAACAGCUUGUUUGGAUGUCAAAAGCCAGUGCACCAUCUUUUGGGGGGUGGAAAAUCUGCUGAUGUUCUGUUAUGGAGGAACAAGAAGAUCUCAGCCAGCGUUUUAGGCGCUGCUACAGUCAUUUGGGUGCUUUUUGAAUGGCUUAAUUACCAUUUUCUUACCCUUGUAUGCUUUGUGCUGGUUAUUGGUAUGCUUGCUCAAUUCGUUUGGAAAAAUGCCUCGGGUAUAUUGAACCGAUCUCCAUCCAAAGUCCCUCGUCUUGUUAUGCCCGAGGAGGUUUGUGUCAACAUUGCCAAGAUGAUAGGAACUGAGGUGAAUCAUGGUUUGAGAUUCUUGCAGGAUGUUGCCUGUGGAGGAAAUAUGAAGCAAUUUCUAGUGGUUGUUGCAAGCUUGUGUGCUGCUGCUAUUAUUGGAAGCUGGUGCAACUUUUUGACUGUUUUAUACGUUGGAUUUGUUGCUGCUCACACAUUGCCUGUACUUUAUGAAAGACACGAAGAUCGAGUUGAUAGGUUUGUGUACAAAGUCCUCGAUCAGCUUCGGCACAACUACCGCAGACUUGAUUCUGGUGUCUUCAGCCGAAUUCCGAAGGGCAAGCUUAGGGGAAAGAAGGCUGACUAG